UGUGUGUGUGUGUGCAUUUGGGUGUGGGUGUGGGCGAGCGAGCGCAUGUGUGUGUGUGUGUGUGUGUGUGUGUGGAUGCUGAUGCUGGGAAGACGAAUGGCUCCGAGGAAAAGGAGGAUGCCGUGAAAAUGGAGGAGCGCGAGUGGAUGUGACUGUCCGCAUCUUGGCUCCGAUAAUCAGAUAAAUGGCUCUUUCAAACUGGGAGCUGCACGCGUGCUGUCCAGCUGGCAGAUGCAGUGCCUAGUGCCAGGUGACAACGGCAACAUGAACGGGACCAGUGAGCAGGUGGACAUCCUGCCGCCCAACUGCAUGGUCAAAGACCGCUGGAAAGUGCUCAAGAAGAUCGGUGGUGGGGGGUUUGGAGAGAUCUACGAGGCCUUGGACCUGCUGACGCGGGAGAACGUGGCGCUGAAGGUGGAGUCGGCUCAACAACCCAAACAGGUUCUGAAGAUGGAGGUUGCGGUCCUCAAGAAGCUGCAGGGUAAAAACCAUGUGUGCAAAUUCAUCGGCUGUGGGAGAAAUGACAAGUUCAACUACGUAGUGAUGCAGCUGCAGGGCCGUAACUUGGCUGACCUGAGGAGAAGCCAACCACGGGGAACGUUCACGAUGAGUACGACUCUACGGCUGGGGAAACAGAUCCUGGAGUCCAUCGAGGCCAUUCACUCUGUGGGCUUUCUUCACCGCGACAUCAAACCGUCCAACUUUGCGAUGGGCCGGCUUCCUUCCACCUACAGGAAGUGUUUCAUGCUGGAUUUUGGUCUGGCGCGACAGUACACCAACACGACCGGAGACGUUCGACCACCCAGAACGGUGGCAGGCUUCAGAGGAACGGUCCGUUAUGCAUCUGUCAAUGCUCACAAGAACAAGGAAAUGGGUCGCCAUGACGAUCUGUGGUCAUUAUUUUACAUGUUGGUGGAGUUUGCUGUUGGCCAGUUGCCAUGGCGAAAAAUCAAGGAUAAGGAACAAGUGGGUCAGAUCAAAGAGCGCUACGAUCACCGCAUGUUGCUCAAACACAUGCCCUCGGAGUUCAACAUCUUCCUGGAACACGUCCUGGCCCUGGACUACUACACCAAACCUGACUACCAGCUGCUGAUGUCGGUGUUUGAAAAUAGCAUGAAGGAACGCAUCAUCACAGAGAACGAGCCCUUCGAUUGGGAGAAGGGAGGAAGUGAUGUCACGUUGUCUACCAGCACCUCAACUCAACCACAGCACAAUACGCGACCCACUGCCGCAGUCUUGGGGGCUGUGGUCAGCUCGGUCCCAGGAGGAGACGUGCUGAGAGAGAACACGGAUGAUGUUCUUCAGGACGAGCACCUGAGUGACCAGGAGAACGCCCCCCCCGCUGGCCCCCAGCCCGGCCGGCCCAGUGGGGAGCCGGCCCCCCAGCCCCCCGGGGACGGAGGGGAGGGCUGGGAGGACACCGACUUCAACCGCAACAAGCUGCGGAUCAGCCUCACCAAGGGUGCUGGUGAGGAGGAGGCGAGUCGGGGGGCGUGCCCAGUGUCCCCUGGGAGGGGCGGGGCUGUGGAGUCACCUGGGGCGCAGGUGCGUUCGCUGCGCUACCGUCGCAUCAACAGCCCCGAGUCGGACCGCGUCUCGGCCGCCGACGGACGCGCAGACGUCAACGGCCAGAGGUCUAGGAUGGACAUCCUGGGCUCUCCGUCGCGCCACGUCUACUCCUCCCAGCCGGCCCAGAUGUUGUCCAUCGACGGUUGCCGUGGCGACCGGCAGGCGAGCGGGCGCCAGGACGGCUCGGUGGCGUCCGGGGACCAGGAGGCCCACAGCAACGCCUUCAUCCGCUCGGUGCCGCUGGCCGAGGAGGAGGACUUCGACAGCAAGGAGUGGGUGAUCAUCGACAAGGAGACGGAGCUCCGCGACUUCCAGCCCACCACCUCGGGCACCACGGACGAGGAACCGGAGGAGCUCCGACCCCUGGAGGAGCAGGAGGAGAAGAGGCGCCUGAGGACUGCAGCUGGGGAGCUGGUAGUCCGUCCAAAGACCCACGGGAGGGACAGCAGUCGUGGGAUGCUGACGCUCACCGAGGAAGAGGCUUCCAGGAGGAGUGGGGGCAGCCCGGCCCAGUCGCCGUGCCACUCGCUCCCUUCAGGGCGCCCCCGCAGGAGAGAGUCGGACCCCAUCGGACCCCACAGACCGGUGAUGUCCCCGACAGAACCAGCCUCGCCGGACUAUCGCACCAAGAGACAGAGUGGAGAGAGGGAACACUUCCACAUCCUGCCUCAGCUCCAGGCCCAGAGAAGCGAUUUGCUCACGGUCAUUCUGACCGGCACCCUUCCCCAGCGCCGAGGCAUCUCCGUCCCUCCUACGGAUCGCUGGGAACCCCCGGGGCCUGGGGAGGACGACGUCACCAAGAGUGAGUCCCACAGCGAGGCCAGUCAGAAGAGCACUGAGCGCAGCCAGGAGGCGGCGCCGUCCACCCUCAUGGCCGAAGACCAAAGAGUCAGGGAGCCCAUGUCGGCUGGGGACGUAGACCCGGACCUGGAGGAUGGCUCCAAGACCCUGGUCCUCUUUUCGCCGGGAGACACACGCAAGUCUCCCUCUGGGGGAGACCAGCUCCUGGAAGCUGGUUUAGCCACUCCCUGUGCCCUCACUCCCUGUGCCCUUACUCCCUGCGCCCUCACUCCCUCUGCCCUCGCUCCCUCUGCCCUUACUCCCUGUGCCCUCACUCCCUGUGCCCUCACUCUUUCUGUCCUCGCUCCCUGUGCCCUCACUCCCUGUGCCCUCACUCUUUCUGUCCUCGCUCCCUGUGCCCUUACUCCCUGUGCCCUUGCUCCCUCUGCCCUCACUCCCCGUGCCCUCACUCCCUGUGCCCUUGCUCCCUCUGCCCUCGCUCCCCGUGCCCUCACUCCCUGUGCCCUUGCUCCCUCUGCCCUCGCUCCCCGUGCCCUUACUCCCUGUGCCCUCACUCUCUGCGCCCUCAGUCCAUGUGCCCAGACGGACAGGCCCCUGGACAAACUGGGACUCCCUGCACCAGCAGAGUGCGCGGAGACUGGCCGGUUAUCGCCGGCUCUCCGGUUUGAACUGCGACCGUCCGCCCAGAUCACUCCAGCAUCCCCACCCUUUACCAAAGUUGAACGCACUUUCAUUCAUAUCGCCGAGACCUCACACCUAAACGUCAUGUCUUCUAGCACUCAGUCCAUCAGAGAGGGCGACCAGGAUGUAUUAUCUCAACCUAAGGAAGCCGCAAUCGAGCUGCAAAUUCACAUAAAGAGAGAAAAACCCCAGCAGGGGCUGCGUACUCAUGCACCGCCGGAGGAGCCCUCUCUGACAGAUCCCAAAUGCCGUGACAUGACUACCCCGAACCAAUCACCGGAGCCUGUGGCAGAAGCAAUCUUGGAAGAGUCGGAUGUUAAACAGUCAGUAGCCAGUAAGGAAGAACCUGCAAUAGAACCACAAGAGUCCAUCAGGCCCAAAGCUCGCAGUCGCAUCCCUGUGCUUGCUUCUGGAGAAGACUCUGGCUCGGACAGGUCUUCCUCCACCUCUGCCCGGGCCCAUCUUCAGAAGCGAGCUAGACAGGGGGAUCUGGCCCGCUUGCUAGUGCAGAAGCAGCAGGGCCGUUGGAUCAGGAAGAGGUUGAUCUCUGGAACGUCCUCCUCCCUCUCCUCAAUGGACGAGGAAAGACAGAAGGCUUCAGAAACUCUCUCCGCCACCGGCUCAGAAGAGGACACCCAUACCUCGGAAGAGUCCAGAAGGGGCCCCUGUCUCCAGCCGACUGAGGAGCACGGCUCCAUGGAGGGGCGGAGCAGGAUCCCCAGGCCCCAAACCCCCCGGCCCCAAACCUCCAGGACCCUCACCCCCCGGCCCCAAACCCCCCGGCCCCAAGCCACCAGGACCCUUAGCACCAGGACCCUAACCCCCAGCCUUCUAACCCCUGUUAAGGGGCCCUCAGAUGAGCUUCCUGCUACACGACCCUCCCAGCGAUUGCCGCCAGGAACCAGCUCUAGCAAAGGAGCAGCAGCUCCACCUAAUAGGCUCCAAAAGUUUGGCAUGAGAAACAAACCACUUCCUGUCAGGUCUGGCUCCGCCUCCUGUCCCCGCCCCCCUGCUGGCCCCGCCCAGGCACCGCCACUACGCACCAUCUUUGGAACCCGCCGCAGUCUCAGCUCCACCCACUGCAGGACUGACAGUCCCUCCCCUCACAGGCUGCUCCCCACCAGAACACCCCUCUCCGUCAGGACUCCACCCCAGACGCAGCCCCGAACUUCGGCUCCCCUGGAGCGGGGACGCAGCCGCCCCAAAGCAGCCUCGGGUGGUGCUAGAUAAUAAGAGAAAGUCCAUGUUUUCAAGAUGUGUCGAUGUUAGUGAGGAACUAUACGCUAGUUACAGCUCCAGCCCCCCAAUACCGGGGUGCAGCCAGGGCAGGGAUGACUUACUCUUUAAAGCUCCUUGGUCUGAUUAUAACCCUCUAUUCUUUAGCAUGAUUCUGUUCAUGGGGUAUCAUUUCCUCUAUAACCCUCUAUUCUUUAGCAUGAUUCUGUUCAUGGGGUAUCAUUUCCUCUAUAACCCUCUAUUCUUUAGCAUGAUUCUUUUCAUUGGUUAUAAUUUAAUUUACAACCGUCUAUUCUUUGGCAUGAUUCGGGUCAUGGGGUAUGAUUUCAUUUAUAACCCUCUAUUCUUUAGCAUGAUUCUGUUCAGGAGCUUCCAGUAUUGAAGAGCAAUGCUGCCAUGGUGCUAUGGAACCAUUAGCUGCCAGGGUUAGGGUCAGGGUUAUUGUGAGGGUAAGGGUUAGUGUGAGGGAAAUGUAAGUGUCAAGGUACGGCCACACUGCACGCGUUACUUGCGUUAGAGCCUUUGUAAAUCGGCAUUUUUGCAUAGGGAACCAUUGGUGUAGGUGCGUAGACGCGUUACACGCGUUAAAGCGUGCGUUAGUGGCGUUAGACGCGGCAUACGCACGUAAUGACGCACGUAAACGCACCAACACGCCCAACGCACCAACGCACAGAGUUCAAAAAUUUGAACUUUUGACGCGCCUACGUGUGACGCUUAGCCGCGAUAGCCAAUCAAUUGUUAUUUAUAUCCGAGAUUAUUUAAUCUAACUCGAUCUAAACUCUAUCAUGCACCCAAACACGGCGGCGUUUGGGUUUCCUACCUCGGACUCGCGUUGAACUAUUUUUGUGACACACAAUGAUCAAGCGUCAGGUUAGGCGCGUCAUGCGCGUUUCUUAACGCGAGUAACGCGUGCAGUGUGGCCGUAGCAUCAGGGUUAUGUUAGUGUCAGGGCUUGUGUUAGUGUCAGGGUUAUGAUAGUGUCAGGGUUAGUGUGAGUGUCAGGGUUAUGUUAGUGUCAGGGUAAUGUUAGUGUCAGGGUUAUGUUAGUGUCAGGGCUAGUGUUAGUAUCAGGGUUAUGUUAGUGUGAGUGUCAGGGUAAUGUUAGUGUCAGGGAUAGUGUGAGUGUCAGGGUUAUGUUAGUGUCAGGGUAAUGUUAGUGUCAGGGUUAUGUUAGUGUCAGGGUUAUGCGAGUGUCAGGGUUAUGUUAGUGUCAGGGUUAUGUUAGUGUGAGUGUCAGGGUAAUGUUAGUGUCAGGGAUAGUGUGAGUGUCAGGGUUAUGUUAGUGUCAGGGUAAUGUUAGUGUCAGGGUUAUGUUAGUGUCAGGGUUAUGCGAGUGUCAGGGUUAUGUUAGUGUCAGGGUUAUGUUAGUGUGAAUGUCAGGCUUAUGUUCGUGUCAGGGUUAUGUUAGUGUGAGUGUCAGGGUGAUGUUAUUGUCAGGGUUAUGACCGUGUCAGGGUUAGUGUUAGAUAAUGUGUUAUAGUGUUUGUGUUGGUUAAUGUGCGUUAGGGUUAUGUUAGUGUCAGGGUUAUUUUUAGGGUUAAGGAGCUGUUUCUCUGGCAUCCUCGCUUCACAGCCUGUGCAUAGAUACACACAUAAUUCACAGUGUAUACUGCAAUAUACCACCAUUUAUUUAGUGGUGAGGGGCAAAUAAUUGUACGUAUGAAAGACUACCUUUAAAUGAUUGUGUUCUCUCCAUUCAAUCCCAUAGUGUCAGUGGUUGAAGUGAAUGCUUGGCUAUGCUUAUGAUAAGAGAUUCUACCCUUGGAGGGAGCAUGUGACCAUCCUCUUGUAUAUAACAGAAGCAUUUCUCAUUAAGACAUCUUUAUUUUUAUCUUGCAAAGCAAAUUGUAAGCCUGCUGUGUUGGCUCUGCCUGUUUAUAUUCGCAUGAUAAAACAGACUUCACCACUGAGUCAGCUCUGACCUAAAGAGGCUUCACUACUGAGUCAGCUCAGACCUAAAGAGGCUUCACCACUGAGUCAGCUCUGACCUGAACAGGCUUCACCACUGAGUCCGCUCUGAACUGAACAGGCUUCACCACUGAGUCAGCUCCGACCUAAAGAGGCUUCACUACUGAGUCAGCUCUGACCUGAACAGGCUUCACCACUGAGUCCGCUCUGACCCAAAGAGGCUUUCCGACUGAGUCAGCUCUGAACUGAACAGACUUCACCACUGAGUCCGCUCUGAACUGAACAGGCUUCCCCACUGAGUCCGCUCUGAACUGAACAGGCUUCACCACUGAGUCCGCUCUGAACUGAACAGGCUUCACCACUGAGUCCCCUCUGAACUGAACAGGCUUCACCACUGAGUCCCCUCUGAACUGAACAGGCUUCACCACUGAGUCCCCUCUGAACUGAAGAGGCUUCACCACUGAGUCCGCUCUGAACUGAACAGGCUUCCCCACUGAGUCCCCUCUGAACUGAAGAGGCUUCACUACAGAGUCAGCUCCGACCUGAACAGACGUUACCACUGAGUCAGCUCUGACCUGAAGAGGCUUCACUUCUGAGUCAGCUCUGAACUGAACAGGCUUCACCACUGAGUCCGAUAUGUGAUGGAUUGCUGCUCUUGUGGCCGAUGUAGUUGGUGACUCUUGAUUGUCAAGUAAAGUACUGGUCCUGUGGAAA